CAGUUGUUGUGGUUGACGGACGGAGCACGGCGGAAGCCAAUCAAGGGGCCCGCAGGUUCACGUGAACUGGAAAUUACGACGACGCAUUGCAUCAACACGAGAACAAUCGCGGCCCAGGGUCAUCUCCGCCUCCCAACUCCUGCCUUGAUACGCGCCUGAUGUGGCCUUGAAACUCUCCGCGUCUUGCAAUCGAUCCCCAUAACCCACAGUCGCGCCACCCGAAUUGCCAUCUGAAGCGCCAUAGACGACAUGGGCCUUAUCACAACAAGAGUGGCUGUUGCCACGCUCCUCUGCAGCACCAUGGCCACCGCACACGUCCACGAAGUCAGCAAAAUACAGCAAGGAGAUGCCGUCUCCCAGGAUCCGAUUGAUUCGGUGUUAUGGACACACAUCUUGGUACAGUCGCUCGCGUGGGGCAUCAUCUUCCCCACGGGAAUGGUCUUGGGCAUAAUACGAUCCAAAUGGCACGUUCCCGUACAAACACUCGGCUCUAUCCUCGCAAUCAUCGGAUACUUCCUAGCUCACCACCAUGGCGGCAGACAGUUCUCCCCUGACAACAUCCACGCUAGAUUUGUUCCCGUCAUCAUGCUCAUGUUGAUUUCCCAGAUCGCAAUGGGCGUGUACCUAAAACUUCAUCUCGAGAAAGGCAUCAAUGGAAAGAUUCGCAGCGUUGUAGUAAAGGUGCACGGAGUGGUCGGCAAGGCUCUGCCGGUCAUAACAUGGGUCCAAUUCGUUUUCGGAGGCAUCACAGCUCUAGGUUUCUGCAGGGCCGAUCAUACCGGACAGUGCCUGGCUCACUUCAUCAUGGGUAGCGCCUUCAUCGCAUACGGCAUCAUCCUCUUGAUAUUGCUUUUGGUUGGACAGAUGUGGCUGCGGAGGACAGGCAGGAGCCAGGAAUUCUUUGAUUCGAUCGUCAUUGCCGCCUGGGGCUGUGUCAACACCUUUACCGAGCACCGAUGGGGACACCCGUGGGUUCACAACGACCUUCAACAUACAUCCAUGGGCGUUGUGUGGUGGGCAGCCGGUCUGGUCGGUAUCUGGCUCAGCCGAAAGCGAAACGGACAACCCAAGCGCAACUUGAUCCCGGGUAUCGUCAUUCUCAUGACUGGAUGGGCCAUGUCGGCGCACCCCCAGCAUCUCCCUCUUUCGACCAUGAUUCAUACCGUCUUUGGAUACACUCUAAUGGCUGCGGGUGCUGCGCGUAUCAUUGAGAUUUCGUUUGUACUCAAGGACAGGACAUCCAUCGCUUCUGAUGGCUCAGACCCCAACAGUUUCCAAUACAUGACGCCGUUUUUGCUUAUGGCAGGCGGAUUCAUGUUCAUGGGAGCUACAGAAGAGCAGAUGCAGCUUCUUUCUGAUGCCAAUGUCACCCAUGUGUCGUAUGUGCUGAUUCUGUUCAGCAUUGCUUUCCUCCUGUUCCUCUUCGUCAAUAUGCUCAUUCACUUGUACGCGGUCUAUUCCUGGGAACAGGACGACAAAGCUGAUGCCGAGGCGCCUCAUCUAAACGGACUCGGCAAUGGCAACGGCUACAGCAGAGUGGAUCGCAGGACAGUAGGUGCAGACGAGUUCGAGUUGGAAGGUCUUGACUCCGACGACGAUAGUAGUGUGACAUAUGGAAGCGGCAGCGGCAGCGGAAGUGGAAGAAGCAAGGAGAGUAGGUCGUUUGCUGCACAGCACUAAUUGAUGAAGGUCCCCUAGCAUCUAUUUCCGCAUUAAUUUGCAUAGAACGGCGUCAUGGCAAGCAUAUUUUGAACAUCUGAUGGUGCGAUUUAUCGUCAUAAUUUCAUAACAGAGACAAUAUCACAAUAGACUUUUCCUCU